AGUGGAGGAGCGCAGAGCCCAGCUAGCCAGACCCUCAACUAGAGGCCCGCCAUGGCACCCCAGAGGCCCCUUCUCAUGCUGGCCCUGCUGGCAUGGGUUGCUCUGGCUGACCAAGAGUCAUGCAAGGAUCGCUGCACUGAGGGUUUCAACGCCAACAAGAAGUGUCAGUGCGAUGAGCUCUGCAAUUACUACAAGAGCUGCUGCGAUGACUACAUGGCCGAGUGCAAGCCCCAAGUGACUCGAGGGGAUGUGUUUACUAUGCCAGAAGAUGAGUACGGGGCCUAUGACUACCACGAGCAGAACAAGGACAACUCCAAUGUCCCUGCACAGUCAGAAAGCCCCUCCCUGAGCUCUGACCUGCAGCCCCAGCGUGAAGAGACAACUGACCUAGCCCCUAUCCUGAAGCCUGAGGAAGAAACUCCUCCAUAUGAGGCGAGCACUAAUACGCCUGAGAUAGUGACCUCAGAUUUCGGGGAGGUGAACCUAAUGCCUGAGAUCACUGAUCAAGGGAUCCCUGAGUCCCCAGCAGAGGAGGAGCUGUGUAGCAGAAACCCCUUUGAUGCCUUCACCGACCUCAAGAAUGGUUCCCUCUUUGCCUUCCGAGGACAGUACUGCUAUGAACUAGAUGAAGCAUCAGUGAGGCCUGGGUACCCCAAGCUCAUCCGAGAUGUCUGGGGCAUUGAAGGCCCCAUUGAUGCUGCCUUCACUCGUAUCAACUGUCAGGGCAAGACCUACCUCUUCAAGGGUAGCCAGUACUGGCGCUUUGAGGAUGGUGUUCUGGACCCUGAUUACCCCCGAAACAUCUCUGAUGGCUUCAGUGGCAUCCCAAACAAUGUGGAUGCAGCCUUGGCCCUGCCUGCCCACAGCUACAACGGCCGGGAGCGGGUCUACUUCUUCAAGGGGAAACAGUACUGGGAGUAUGAGUUCCAGCACCAGCCCAGCCAGGAGGAAUGUGAAGGCAGCUCCCUGUCUUCUGUGUUUGAGCACUUCGCCCUACUGCAGCGGGACAGCUGGGAGGACAUCUUUGAGCUGCUCUUCUGGGGAAGAUCUUCUGGUGGUGCCAGAGAGCCCCAGUUCAUCAGCCGGGACUGGCAUGGUGUACCUGGAAAAGUGGACGCUGCCAUGACUGGCAGAAUCUACAUCUCAGGUUCAGCACUUCGCCCCCCUCAGGCUAAGAAGCAAAAGUCUAGGCGACGCAGCCGCAAACGCUACAGUUCACGCCGUAGUCGUGGCCGUGGCCAUGGCCAGAACUCCCGUCGGCCAUCCCGUUCAGUUUGGAUGUCCUUGUUCUCCAGUGAGGAGAGUGGGCUGGGAGCCUUCAACUAUGAUGACUACGAUAUGAACUGGCUUGUCCCUGCCACCUGUGAACCCAUCCAGAGUGUCUACUUCUUCUCAGGAGACAAGUACUACCGAGUCAACCUUCGCACACGGCGAGUGGACAAUGUGACCCCUCCUUACCCGCGCUCCAUUGCCCAGUACUGGCUGGGCUGCCCAGCACCUGAACACCAGUAGAGUCAGAGCCCACACAGUUGGGCUUCCAUAACUCCCUCUUCCAACCU